AUCAGUCUCUUAACUAUGUCCUCGUUGUUCGAUCAUGGGUUGAUCAGGACUGUAGCAGUUGAGCAGGUGGUUGCACCAAUUGCAAUUCAUAUAUGCCGCCUGGUGUUGCUGUGUGACAGCGCAGAGGAACCUGAACAAUUCAGCCAGCUGGAGGGGGCAGCUCAGAUUGUGGCUAAAGCUACUGAGAACAUGGCAGCAGUGGCUUCCAGACUCUUUACUUCUAGGCAAAUACGUGAGACGGAGGAUGAAGUUUUUCACAUGGAGAUGUCCUCCCUGCUAGAGUCAUUCGCUGUGUGUGGGCAGCAUGUCCUGCUGGCAGCUCAGAAACUGAGUAUCCAGCCAAGUUUAACUGAACACAGAGAGGAGCUCGUCACUGCUACACAAAACGUUUUCCUCGGAAUAGUCAAGGUUCUGUUGGUGGAUGAUGAUGCUGCUGUAAGGAAAGUUAUAGCUGCUGCUGAUCAGGUUUUGGAGUGUCUCUCUGAAGUUGGCUCCUCCUCAGAUAUCAAGUCUCUUCUUAAAUCUUUCCAAAUGUUUUCUGAGGCUCUUCUUGCCUUUAACAGACUGACAAUGGAGAGAGCAAAUUCCUUACGGGAUCCCAGACAAACCAAACAACUCCUCGAUUCCUUGGACACCCUGAGGAGGUGCAUCUCCAUGCUGCACACAGCCAUGUGUACAACCAUCAAACACCCUACCAAUGAGCAAGCCCGAGAAGCCAAGAGGUACAUUCUGGACAAAGUUCAGAAUACUGUUGGUGACAUUACAGCAACCCUCCAGAGUGACUGCCAUGGAGGACCACUGAGGCCUUGUGGGUAUUAUACCUGGAAAAGUAACAGUCUAUUACAACUGCUCACUAGUCCCUCCACCUCCUCAAUCCGAGACAGCAGCUUUGACUGCUUGGUCAGAGAUCUUGUGUUUCAUUGCAUGGUCGUGGCAAACAUGUCUCGCAGAGACUUUCAGCAAAGAGUGGUUUUCCACUGUCGUCACAUCCUGCAGUUCUGGUCUGACAUAAAAAGGAUUUUAAAGUCUUCUGAGGAUUCUGCACAGAGCUUUGAGAAGACCUGCAUUUUCCUGCUCCAGCAAAUACUAAUGCUUGACAAAACUUUGAUGACUACAGUUCUGUAUCAAGUCAUGGACAUACUUCUUGCGGCUUCCUCCACAGCUGAGCAACUUUUAGGACACAUCUUGCUUUUAGAUUCCUCUACAAAGCUGGAUCUGAACUUUAUUCAGUCGGAAGUUGAGGAUUUAAUUUCCUGCACUGACAGACUAAUCCAGGUCGCCAAUUUUACCUCAGCUAUGGCUCUCGAUGCUAAGAGUUUAGAGAAUGUGGAAAAUUCCCGAGCAUGCCUUUCGAGACUCAGGGCUCGAAUCGCUCCCCUUUCGCUGGAGCUGGCAGAUAAUUCAAUGCAAACUGCUCAGAAGCUUCGUGAAGUGUGUCAGAAAUGGGAAGAGGAGACUGAGCAGCUUCAGGAUGCUUUCAGUGAUGUGAUGGACAUUAGGGAGUUCACCAGUAUAGCUGUUAAUGAGAUGGUGAGUGAUCGCCAUGGAUGUGACACAGCAUACAGAGAACAAAGCUAUGAACAGUUUAAUGAACAUGCAGCAAACCUCAUUGGUCACAUGAAGCUGGCGAUUCACUCAGUGAGGAGGCAUUUGGAUAGAAGUGACGAACCCAUCUACAGGAACGGCCUUUUGGUCCUCCUGAAGCAGGUUCAGUCAUCUCAAGCCAAAGUAGCUGAGUCAGUCAGAAGCAUGCUUAAUGGAUCCACGCUGAACGUGGAGGCAUAUUCUACAUUUAGUGACAGCGUUUCCACCGUCAUUGAGCAUUUUAAGGUGCUUAGAUCAGGAUUGGAUGGCCAACAGCAUCCGCAUCUCCUGAGCCCGCUGCGAGAGGGGGCUCGUCAGCUCGAAAUCACACAGCCAUGUCUGCCAGUCAAAGACAGCUGUGAACUGAGUGUGGACGAUAUGUUAAGAGGCUCGGAUAUUCCUUUUUUUGAAGUUUUGGAAAGAGAAACCAAACAUGAGGAGAAGCACACAGAUCAGGGACCCAUAAAAGCCGAACCAGACCAUAAAGUUGACAGCGAUGAUUUAACGUUCCCAGCUGUCUCAGAUGAGCCUAAACUGAUUCUCAAGCCUCUCAAAUUUGACCUUUUACCCCUCUUGUAUGAAGUUGUAACUGUGACUAAAGGGAAAGACGUGACACUGCUCAACCAGGCCUGCACCAGUGUUCUUGAGCUGUCAAACUGUUAUGCCCAAGCUACAAAGGAGGCCUUGGUCAUUGUCGAUGCAGUUGACUGUCAGACUUUGGAAAUCUUUAGGGCCGAGCUGGUAUCCCUGACUCCACUGCUCGUCCAGACAGCUCAAGAGACGGCGAUGAGCUCAGCGAUGAGUACGGAGAGCAUCUUUAAGCACAGCACACAGUUUUCUGACCUUAUUAAUAACAUUCGAAAGGUUUUGCUGCCAGCAGCUGGGACCUGGUAUCACACUGUUUAUAAUGAGCUGCAAGGGAAUCUACCAAAUAUACCAGCCAGUUCUGCACAGCAACUCAAUGAAGCAAUGACUUUAUGUGCUGACGUGGUCCAACUCUUGACAUCUUCAGAUUUAACCACACAAAGUGAUGGUCAAGAAACAUUGAGGGUUUUACACAGCAAGCUUACCAAAGCACAGAACAACACAAGGCAACUGAUAGAGUUUUCCUCCGCAUAUGAAGGACAGUCAGAUCAGCUAGAGGCACUUUGUAUCCUCUGGAGUCUCUCCAUUCAGAUUUUGCUUAAUUCUCUGGAUAAGAUUUUGGGAACAUCGACUGCACUGAACCAUUUGAACCCUCAGAAACAGCUCUCAGUGUUGUCUGAGAACUCGCUCCGAAUCCAAGAGGCAACCAGGCUCACAAGCAUAAACUGCAGAAGUGCUUAUAAAUCAAAGGAGUUAACCAGAUACCAGGAUGAACUGAAAAACCUGACUGAGGACUACCUUAAAGCUGCAGAAGAAUUUGAUUUAAUGCCAGGCGUGGUGCACCUUGCAAAAUCGGAAUUCUUCCAGAGAAAACUUUUGAUUAAAAUUCGAGUGCUUUUUGGUCAUUUAAGCAAAGUGAAUAAGGACUAUGAUACUACAUUUCAAAAUCUUCUCACAAUUGCUCAUUUCGCUGCUGAACACUUCAGAGAGAACAACGCAGAAGAUGCAGAGCAAAGGUUUGAACAUGCGGCACAAACGCUUAUUGAAAAUGUAAAAUCUGCUACCAGAAGAGUGGAGGACAGCUUAAAUUACAUCCAUGACCCACGCACUCGCUCCAAUCUGAGGUCCAUUAAUGACCACCUGUCUUUUCAGAUCUCAGAUAUAAUCUGCAGGGCGAGGCUCAUGCUAGAGACUCACUACAUUUGUGACACACUCAGUCUGGAUGUGCAGACACGCUGUUGGUCAGCAAAAGCUCAUUACGUGAUGGAAGAGAUCAGGAAGCAAGAAGGGAUUCACCAAGAGGUUAAAGAGUACAUAAAGGCUGGACUACAGGGGAGAGCACCUGAGGAUAUUAGCAAAGUUUUGGCUAAAAUCCCAACUAAAGUCAAAGAAGUGGAAUUUACCUCUGACACAACAAUAAAUUCAAACCAGAAAGGCAUUAAAGAAAAUGUAGAUGCUGCAAAAAGUAACAUAAAUAUGGCAUCUGGGGCCAAAUAUGGACCUGGAAAUACUAAAAAGGAUGAUAGUGCUGCAUCUGGCUUGUGCCAAGAAGUCUCUUCCCUGACCUACACCUCCCUUUUUCUAAAGCAAGAAAGCAACAGCUGGGAUCCCAAGGACAACAGAAUAGUCCAGGUGACCAGGAAGAUGGCCGACACAGUAUGUUACAUGACUCAGUAUCUGAAGAAGAAAGGCCCAAUAGCGAAUAAAGAGGCUUUUGUUUCUGCAGCCAAAGAUGUGAUCUCAAACUGCCAGUCAGUUACCCAGUUUAUCAGAGUUAUUGCCAACCACAGCCUCGACAAGCAGUGUGCAGUUGAACUCUCGCUAAUUGUUGAGCAGAUUCUCACCAUCACAAAUCAGCUCAGCAUCAUUUCCAGUGUCAAUGCUGUGACUCCUGGGUGCAAAUCUUCUGAUGAGAUCCUGGUAAAGAAUGCACAAAAUCUGCUCCAGACAGUCUUACGUGGGGUUCGAGCUGCAGAAACAGCAUGCAUUAAAGGUCUGAAGCAGCCUGAGCCAAAUUCGGAUGGUGCAGAGGCUACAGCUUUGUGUUUCCAGUGGAAGAGAAACCUGGAGAUCCAUCGAGCCCAGCAGACCUCUAACCCAGAUACAGAUGAGCUGGGACUGAGGAAGACGUCGGCGCACCCUUUAGCCCCAAGUCUUGCCCCACAGGUUAAUGUAUAAGACAGCUACAACUGUAUUUUGAAAAGGAAGAAAAUAAUGUUUCAUGCAUAAGCUGUGUGUCCUGCUCCGAGAAAUCAGCUGCAUGAAUUGUAUUAGAGCUGGUGGUUAAAAAAAGAAGACGCACAGCACGCACACUAAAAUGACACAUUGCAACACUGGUGUGUGGUUCUGAAAUAAAACUGGUGCUGUUUCCUGUCUUUAUUCCAGAUAUUUGUAACAAACUCACUGAAACGA